UCCCCUCGGCCCUCCCGCCUUUCCUGUGAGGCGCCUCAGAGGACGAGGCUCCAUCAGGCGACGACGGGCCUGAAAGGCGGCAGGAAAGAUGCAGGAAUCACCAGAGAACAAUUUGUUUGACCUUCCUGAUUAUGAGCAUGAGGAAGAUGAACGGUUUCCACCUUUUCCACCUCCAUCCUCUCCCGGGAGAAGUGAUAAUGAAGGAGCUGAGUCCAGCCAAGGAAGGAAGAAAGAGAAAACGUCUCCAAUGGAUGAUCCUCCCGUAAACAUAAGGAAAAGAGUGAAAAGGAAUUUACCUAAGCUCGAUGCUCAGCGGUUAAUUUCAGAGAGAGGGCUUCCAGCAUUACGACAGAUGUUUGAUAAUGUAAAAUUCAAAGGCAAAGGCCAUGAGGCCGAAGACCUGAAGACACUGAUCAGGCACAUGGAACACUGGGCCCACCGGCUCUUCCCCAAACUACAGUUUGAAGAUUUUAUCGACAGGCUGGAGCGUUUGGGAAAUAAAAAGGAAGUUCAGACUUGUUUAAAACGAAUUCGACUCGAUCUGCCCAUUGUACAUGAAGACUUCAUCAGUAAAGAUGGUGACGACGAAGGGGAAAGUCGCGAGAAAGAUGGGAGCGCUCCCGACAUAGACCCCUUUUUCACAAACUCAGCUGAGAAUGCGGAGUUUGCCUCCCCAUCCAGUACAGACUUAACAGAAGAGCAACAACAGAGAAUCGAGAGGAACAGACGACUGGCCUUGGAAAGGAGGCAGGCAAAGCUCCUGACCAACAGUCAGCCUCAAGAAAAUGAUACAUCAGUUACCGGGCCUACAACAGAAGUAGCUGAAGAAGCCGAUGAAGACGAAGGCGUUCCGAGUGAGAUAAGGGAAGGAAUUUUAGACACCCGAUGUAAUACUGCCGAUCUGGAAAAUACGGAGGAUGGUGAACAGCUAGGAGGUCCUGGCCUGUGAGUUCUUUUUGAAGUUUAUAUUAAUAACUUCAAGAUGAUAUUCUUCAGUUAUCUAGGGAUCUGCCAGCUCAGUCAGUGGAAUUCAUCGAACGCUUGCAGGAUACAGAAUACCGUAUUGAACACUCGGAAGAGUACGAUAAAGGGAGUAGAUGUGACUUUUGCUCCCAAGCUCCCAACAACUAUUCUGUAUAAGAACAUCCACCGCCCCAAUCUUAUUUCCUCCAACUUAGCCAGGUGGAGCUCUCGAUUGUGUUUUCAGUUGAGUAUCACACCCUUAUUUAUAAAUAAAUAGAGGCUUUGUCAGACUUUUAAUGAUAGGUAGGGGGUUGAGUUUUAUAAGUUCAUAUAAAAAGGUGUUGCCAUGGCUUUUCUGUAUUGUAUUUUGAUAUAUUCCCAGUAUGCGAUUUAUUCAGACAGUUAACUUGAUGGCUGAAAGCAAAAAUAAAGUGUUUGAUUUCAGGUUUUUAAAUCACUAAAUGCUCCUGUUGCAGGAUAUGGAGCAAUAAAAGCUACUGUUUUAUAAAAGAGACUGUGGAGUUGUCAGUAUAUGUGGCUUCCAUCAUAAAGUUGUUCUACUGGAAGGAAGUGGUUCUCAAGCCUUAAGCUCUACUAAUAACUAGUAACUGGAAUUUAAGCAAUUACUGUAUGCCAAGCACUUGGACUAAGCACUGGGGUGAGCUCACUGUGGG